ACGAGGUCAUCUUUGAGGAAGGGAAGCGGACGCGAGUCGCAUCCGCACGGCCUCGCGAUUAAUCCGAGUCGUAGUUCUUCCACACUAAACGCCAUGAGCGAUGAGCGAUAUCCAAUAAGAGUUGUAUUUUUUCGAAAAAAUAAAUCUCUUAUUGGAUAUUGCUCAUCGCUCAUCGCGGCUCAUCGCGUCUAGUGUAGAAGAGUCGUCAUGCGUGACUCGCGCGAUCAUCCGUAUAUCCGCUUAAGGGUCGCGGGUCUUAUCCCACCCUCGUCUCGAGGGGGAUGCGUGGAUACGGCGUUACGGGCGAGAGGCAGGCGCGAGAUGACGAUACGUCUCUCUCUCUCGUGGAGCAUCGAUCGAAUCCUGCGCAUUCGGGGGUGGCUGGCCAUAUUACCCCCGCGAUCUCCCGAUCCCUUAAAACGCCGCCGUGGUCCCCGCUGCUGGUCGAUGCCGCGGAUCGACGGGUUCGCCGCGAUUUUGGCCUCGCAAGCCGCGGUGUAGAUCGCAGAUCGGACAGCCUCGUUGUCAUCAUGCGGCUCCGUAACCCAGCUAGUUAGGUAGUUCUCGCGUCCUCGUCUCGAUUCCUCUCCGUUUUUCUCUCUCUCUCUCUCUCUCUCUUUCCCUCCUCAUCUUUCUUUUCUUUCCUCUUCGCGUCUUCAUGAAGCCUCGCUUUCGACCGGGGUCGCGGCCGUUUUUAGUUUAAUCGCUUCCACGCCGCGCGAGGCUCGAACGUCGGGGAACCGAGGUGCGGGAUCUCCCCAGGAGGAACAUCCGAAGCGGGCACCAGAUUCGCCAUUUGGUAAGCACGAUUGUCACAUUGAUAAAUGUACAAUACGAAUACUCUAAUCCGAGGCGUUAAGGACUCUGUUCUGAGACUUCUAUGUAACGAGAGAGAGAAGCCCUCCACACACAUCUUCGAUCUCUACAAACCUCUACAAACGUAUCCCCCUUUGCAUGCCGCUCUCCUCGUUUCCUCCGUUACUAAUUGUAUACAAUUUUUCUCACCCCCCACUUGCAUCUUCUCUGUAUUUGCAACACCUGCAAGACGCGGACGAUUUAAGCUUGGACAGCCGAAAUAAUGUCCAAUGACACGUCACUUACCUCGCUGGGAAAAACGCUAUUCUUCACCCCCCUCACCUCUACAGUCACUGUCUUCCGAUUUAUCGUACGGGACUGCGUCUGUAAGGGAUUAAACAUAUCGCCGUAGAAGCAACAGAUAGGGAGAAAUGGCGAAUUUCCGUGGAUUUUACAUACCCUCCUUCGGAGCAACGGUCAACGUCGCCUGGGAGACCCUGAAGGCUAUGUGGCCGGAGAAGAGCCCGUGCAUGGAGCUGAUCCGCGGUGGCGGCAUCGGCGGCGGCGGUGUGGGCCAGGACCACCCUCAGGGCCGGCCCAGUCAGGGCCAGUUCAAGUCCUUCGACGAGGGUCACGAUAAUACCGAGAUGAUGACCAUGAACGGGGAACAGGCGUAUCGAGACCAAAACAAUGUGGGGAUCGCCGAGGACUCCUUCAGCUACCAGAGGAGCGGGGACAAAGUCAGAACCGGAAGCGUGAGCAGCGGCGAGUUCAGUGAGUACGACGAGGGUGGCGGAGAGUUCGGCGGGCCGGGUGUCAAGAUCAACGAAUGGCAAGCCGCUUGGAACGUUACAAAUGCCAUUCAGGGAAUGUUCAUCGUCUCCCUGCCGUUCGCCGUUCUGCGUGGCGGCUACUGGGCGAUCGCGGCGAUGGUCGGCAUCGCGCAUAUCUGCUGUUACACCGGCAAGAUCCUAGUCGAGUGCCUGUACGAGCUGGACACGGUGACGGGUCAACGUGUGCGCGUACGAGAUUCGUACGUGGCCAUCGCCAAGGAGUGCUUCGGGCCGACGUGGGGCGCCCGCGCCGUCAACAUCGCGCAGAUCAUCGAGCUGCUGAUGACCUGCAUUCUGUACGUGGUCGUGUGCGGCGACCUGAUGAUCGGCACCUUUCCCGAGGGCGCGAUCGACACCCGUAGCUGGAUGAUGCUAAUCGGCAUAUUCCUGCUGCCGCUCGGCUUCCUCAAGUCCCUGCAGCAUGUCUCCGUGUUGAGCUUCUGGUGCACAAUGUCUCACCUCUUCAUCAAUGCGAUCAUCAUCGGUUACUGUAUCCUGGAGAUUGGUGACUGGGGCUGGUCGAAGGUGAAGUGGACGAUCGACAUAAAGAACUUCCCGAUCUCGCUCGGCGUCAUUGUCUUCAGCUACACGUCGCAGAUCUUCCUGCCGACCCUCGAGGGCAAUCUCAUCGAUCGCUCCAAGUUCGACUGGAUGCUGAACUGGAGCCACAUCGCCGCGGCCGCGUUCAAGUCGCUCUUCGGCUGGAUCUGCUUCCUGACCUUUCAGAACGACACGCAGCAGGUGAUCACGAACAACCUGCACUCGGCCGGCUUCAAGGGCCUGGUGAACCUGUGCCUGGUCGUAAAAGCGGUGCUCUCGUACCCGUUGCCGUAUUACGCGGCCUGCGAGCUCCUCGAGCGCGCCUUCUUUCGCGGAAAGCCGAAGACGCUUUUCCCAACCAUCUGGACCUUGGACCGCGAGCUCAAGGUCUGGGGCCUGGCCUGGCGGAUCGGCGUGAUCGUGUUUACCAUUCUGAUGGCGAUCUUCAUACCGCACUUCAGCAUACUGAUGGGUUUCAUCGGUUCCUUUACCGGCACCAUGCUCUCGUUUAUCUGGCCCUGCUACUUCCAUCUCAAGCUGAAGAGAAACACGAUGGAGUGGGGCGCCGUAGCGUACGAUUGCUUCGUCAUCUUCCUCGGUAUUCUCUUCGGCGUGAUCGGCGUCUACGAUUCCGGCUCCGCGCUGAUCGAUGCCUUCGAGAUCGGCCUGCCCUUCUGAGCGAUCUCGCGUCAGCUAGGUCGUUUUGUUGUUCUUGUCGUGCACCAAAAUGAUAUUAUCGAAACGCUCUCGUGCCGCCGAAAUAUUUGACUCUCGAUUUUAUCACGUUGCUCGGUAUUCGUGCAAUAAUUGCUGAUGCACGCGGGAGACUAUAUAAGUUAUACAAUAUUCAAAACAGAAGAGUUGAUAAUUGAACGGGAGAAUUUUGUGCUCUUUGGAAAAGUUAGAAAUUUCUCUGAAUGGCAUUCUGAUCAACAGUCCUUUUUUUUCACAAAAGUGCGUCUAGUGCCUGCGAAAUCCUUUUUAAAUGUGAAUGCAAUUCAUAAAAUUCCAUUCAUAAAAUUCCUUGUAAGAAAUGUCACUAAAUUUGCAACAUGUUUGUGAGGUUCAAAUGUUUCACGUGCUCGAGAGCGAUUAAUUAGUAUGAGAAUUUUGCAUUAACUCUAUACUCAUUUCUCGUCAUGUCAUUUUAACGGCGCUAUUAUUUUGAUGAAAAACGGCGCAGUUAUACUUCUCUAAAAUGAUCUUUAAUUGAUCGAACCAUUAAAGUGUAAGAGCCUCCUUCCAUUCGCGUAAAACUCUAUCGCACGAUCUGUGCUGUCGUAAUGGCACGUUUUAGUUUUUCACGUUGCAAGUUUAAAUCACUAAUCAUUUCAGAACAACAACACGCCAAUGAUCCCAGGUUCUGAUAGCUUCGAGCGAGUGAUGUUUAGAAACGUGAAAAUCCAAGUUAGACAAGAACUAUUUUCUAAACCCGACUGUAGCGUUCUUUUUUUGCAGAAGGAGGUCUAUUGACUCCCUAGGGAGCGUUUAAACUUCCGUUUCAUGUUUCGACCAGGAUUGCGACGUUUCUAUAACGCGAAGAGUUUAUCCAAUCGUCAAGUCUUCCAAUCCCCGAUCUGCAUUUGCGUUCGGGAGCCUUUAGAUAAUAUGAGAGAUGAAACGCGUAAUGAACGUGACAAUAAAGCACGAGGUAACGACGUCUUCCACGAUGCAGCAGCAAGCAGAGCGCAGCCUAACUAGUAGUUGACUACUGUUACAGUUUUCUGGAUUUUAUAAUUGUAUCGCUGUGCGGAGUUAUAUACCCGUAUAUAAUUUUUAUGCGACGCGUCGAAUUGCGAAUCGCGGCGACGGGGCGCACGGCGAUUUUGUCUGUGCUAUGUUAGCGAUAGUCGUUGAUGAAUCUGCCAAAUAACUUUUGGGAUAGCCCGCCGUGCCGCCCCGUCGCCGUACAAACGAGACGCAAAACGAUGCGUGAACAGUUAUGUACAACCGAGUACAAUUAGUUGUAUAAUCCAACGUCUUCCAAGAUCGUAUAGAUCGUUAGUUUAAGGAGUAUAGGCAAUGUAGUCGUUCCGUGAAACUGCAGAAUGCUGCGAUGGCUCGAGGAGUAUUUUAUGCGGGCUGUGUCUCGUAAAAUGUAUUCUAUAUAGAUGAUCAGUACCGUGUUAGAUUGUGUUUCGAUGCUCCACAAAUCGGUCAGUUUAUUUGGACUCUUGGUAUCCUUAGGAUAAUGUUUAAUGACGAAAAUGCUUGAUUUUACAGAACUUCGGAUUCACAGAUUGUAGACGCUUUGAAUGACUGAAUAGGUCUUUGAAUAUGUAAAUCUUUUAAAAGUGUUAUUUCUGAAAUUCUUGCCGGAUCUGUAGAUCCUUCGUUUUGCUUCUUUUUCCUCAAAGCCACACGAGCGUUCUGCAGACAUGGAAAAUUCGCAGACUAACUAAAACGCGUUAAUAAUCGUGAAACGAGUCUUCCAAUAAUGUCUUCCAGAACGAUAAUAUUAAUAAAAAUAAUAACAAUAUCGCUAUAUGAUAAUGAUGUAUUACUAUUUAUUGAGCAAAGAUCUUUGUCGAAUGAUAUCAAGCGUUAUAUUGAGAACAGUAGAUGUUAAGAGUUAACUCAUAAGUUACGGUCAUGCAUAAUUGAUGUUUCAUAUCAAUGAAUAUAUCAAUGACACAUAAUGUAAGUAAAAUCACGCUGUUCACGAAAUCAAUUUAGAUCGUUAACGAGGGAUCAUCUUACUCCUUUGUAUCAACAAUGAUUAUCAAAAGUGGUUGAAUGAGAAUUGCGUUGGUAUCUUCUCUUCGUGAUUAACGGACGACGAUAGAUUGGUAAUGUUUGUCGUGUAAAAUUUAAUUUUGCUUUUUGAUAUAAUCUCGUGAAACGCAAGUCUCCCGAUAAUCGCGAGUCUUCCACAAUCUCUCGUAUCAGCUCAGGCUGAAUGCUACAACAUAAAAUCCGUUGUAAAAUUCAGAGAAAUAGUUGUUUCCAACUAGAUAAAGCUAAUCACGAUGAGAUACUUCGAGAAUUGAUGGACGUUUUAACGGAGAAACGCAAGCACGUAUAGGCUUCUAAAGCGCUUUUGCAGAAAUUCAUAUUUCGCAGCGUUUCGAGAAGAGCAAACCUCAUCGGUGUUGUGUAGGCAAAAUAUAUCUAUAAACGUUAUAAAAUGAUGUAAAGCGGCCUCCGUAUUAUGAAAAAUAUGAAAAUACAUUAUCCGCAUGAGUACGAGGAGUGACAAUAUAUUAAGAAAAUUUUACGAACGUA